CCUCCCGUGUCACAGCGGAGGCUGAUUUGUUCGCGGCGAAGAGGCGAGGACUCCGCAUCACCAACUUCUGCCUCCAAAGGGGGGUGACGGCGCGUGUUGAGAGGACCAAGGCGCGCGCUCUUCUCCGGACGAGCAUUUGCGCUUUUAGAGCAUUUUUUGGAUCAAUUGUUACUUUCUUUUAAUUUAUCGAUUUUUUUUUCUCCUUUCUUUUUUGUUUUUCUUCAACACAUACACACAUACACCCAAGGACACGGGGGUGGGGGUAUAUUGGUGGGGGGGUAUCUGCCAGGGAGAAAGUUGCCGUGCAGAAAACGUGCACAGAGACGAGGAGGGAGGACGCACAACAGAGCGAAAAAGGAGCGGCGUGAGGAGAGGUGACAUGUUUGGGAUGCUCAAGAACUCGCUCUUCGGAAACACCGAGGUGACGGAAUAUAAAUUGCUGAGCAGCGAGAUGCAGGAUGGAGUUAGCUUCGAGGUGCGGCGGUACGACGGGGCCAAAUACGCCGUCGUCUCGUCUGAGGGCCGGUCCUUUGACCAAGUGACGGGGGAGCUGGUGAGGAAGCUGCUCAUGUACAUCGGUGGGAGCAACGAACAAGGUGUUGCCAUGGGUACGACGGCGCCCAUCAUGGUCACGGUGUACCCGCGGAACGACGGCGUUCUGUCUCGCCGCCUGGUGGUCGCCAUCCGCCUCCCGUCCGGCUACCAACCGAGCCCCCCGACGCCCACCGACAGCGCCGUCGGGAUCGAGGAGCGGCACGGCAUGACCGUCUACACCCUGCAGUUUGGGGGCUUCCCGGGGGAGAGCGAGUACCGCGCGGAGGCCCUGCGUUUGACCCGCACGCUGGGCGAGACGGCCCCCUACCAGCGCAAGCAGUACUUCUGCUGCAGCUACGACCCGCCGCUCAAGCCUUACGGACGCCGCAACGAGGUGUGGUUUCUGCAGGAGGAGCCGUAGGAGCCCAAUCUCACGCUGAAUCCUUCACCCGGCCUUCUUUUAGCCCUCCGCUUAGGACAAGCGCUCGAUUGAUUGGUAAGAGCAAUAUGGGGGCGUGAUUGACCUUUGAACCCAACGUGGACAGACAUCACCCAUGUUGCCUUUACCCAUCAGAUCUGCGGGCUUGUCGCGAGUGCAGUAGCUACAGGGCGAUUUAUUAUUCAGCAUCAAUGCAUCGUUAUCACGUCUUCUUCACUUUUGUGUUUGUUUCUAAUUUAAACUCGAGCUCAGAAACCAGGAGUAAAGAGAGGUGUUGAAGGCUUCUGAGGAGGUGAGGGUGUUUCUUUGGAGCGCCACGUCAUACGUUUUCAUCUGUUGCUUUCCGGCUGACAGCCGAUGGAAAAUAGAUCUCAAGGAAACUCUCUUUAGAGAACAGGUGUCAAGUAACUCAGUGAAUACUUUAAUGCAGUCUGUAUUCAAAUACAACUUGAUUGACUGUUCCGUUCCUUUUAGACGUAAAUGUUUGAUGAAGUCCCCGUAGAACACACAGUAGGGUUUUGUACAUCUUAAUCUAGUUUACUAUUUAGUGACGGCUACAGACAAAUGUAUAUAAUUGAGAUUAGAUACAUGGUAGUAAUAAGCACACUUCCUGUUCCCUGAGAAAGAAACUGGAAAGAAACAGGAGUCGAGCCAUUAAGUAGAACUAGUCGUUAUGAAUUAGUGAGAGGACAGAUGUGUGGAAGCUAUAAUAGCUAGCUGUGUGUGUGUGUGUCGUUGAUGUGUUGCAGCAUUUGUGUAAAAGUGAAUAUUUUGUGUUUUAGUGCAUGAUGACAAGGCCAUCUUUAUUUAUUAUGACGGUGUUAUUUGAUACAUCUGUACUGUGGGGUUUUCUGUAAUGAGUGAAUAUAAUGUUCAGGUUUAUUAGUGCUUAACAUAAUAAAUAUAUUAUUCAGUGAG